UAUAAUAACUUCAUUCCUCAAAACCUUUACUUGGUUCAUUCAUUGUUCUCUUUUCUUUCUAGAUACUUGUUUGUUGAUGUGACAAUUGCAACAUUAGUACUUCUCUUGCUUUCAACAAUCAAUACAUUUCUCAAAGAAUAUCACAAAUUAUUCUUUCGUUCACCAUGGAGCCAACAAAUGGUCAUCAUGUACCAGACAAGCCAAGGUAUAUUGACUUCCCUUGUUUAGAAUAUGGCACGGUUAUGGAUGGAAAGUUGGCCUUGAAUCGAUGGUCUCAUACAAUCACAAAAGGACAUGAUUUUCCAGGAGCCCAGGUAAGAGUGUAUAAACAUCAAUGGAAGAUUACACAUACCGAGUUUGUUACUAGGCCAUGCUCUACGCAGCAGGAGUACCAAAUCGAGAAAUGAUGAAGUCCGCACCUCACGUUGGUAUAUCCUCUGUAUGGUGGGAAGGAAAUCCAUGCAAGUAUGUUCUCUAUCUACUAUCUACCACGAAGACGAUAAUGAAAUGAUCUGACAUAGGAAUGUAGCAUGCAUCGUAAGUAACACAAGAUAAGGAGAUCUUUUUGGUCCUACCAUUUAACCAAUGUAUGUAGUACACGACCUCGGAAAGCUUGUCAAGGAAUCUGUGCAAAAACAGGGUAUGCUUGGAUGGCAAUUUAAUACCGUAGGAGUUAGUGAUGCAAUUACUAUGGGUGGAGAAGGUCUGUAACACGUUCCUAUCUUCAAAUGGGAUUAUUAUUAACAAGUAUAGGCAUGAGAUUUUCUUUACAAACUCGAGAGAUUAUAGCGGAUUCUAUUGAGACUGUUACAUGUGCUCAACAUCAUGAUGCAAAUAUCUCAAUUCCAGGUUGUGAUAAAAAUAUGCCAGGUGUAAGUAAGAUUGAUGCUUAACGUGUGGUAGACAUACGUUCCAUGUCCAUUUCCGUUAUAUAUGAUGCUUUUUUUUUUGACAGUUCAAUAGGUUAUCAUGGCUGCAGCACGUCACAAUAGACCAUUUCUCAUGAUUUAUGGAGGUCAGUUUAUAAGUUACUAGACCUUUCGGAAGUCUAAUCCUCUUUAGGUUCAAUCAAAAAGGGUUAUUCCAAAUUGAUGAAAAAGGAAAUUAAUAUCAGCAGCUGCUACGAAGCAAGGUAAGCAGAUAUUUAUCUAUUCGUAUGCUUUAAUAGAAUUUUAACAUGGUGUUGGUAUUCAGUGGUGCAUUUACGUACAACAAACUUCACGCUGCAGUUGAAGGUGCAACACCAAGUGAUGUCAUGGUAAGAUCACGACGAAUUAGAAGGUUUGAUCUAUUAUUAAUAAAGCUAUAGGAAGAUUACGAACAAAACGCUUGCCCCGGUGCCGGUGCUUGCGGUGGAAUGUACACAGCAAAUACAAUGUCUACCGCAAUCGAAUCUAUGGGAUUAUGUCUUCCAGGAUCAUCAUCCAAUCCAGCCGAUUCACCAGCUAAGAUGAGGGAAUGUGUAAAAGCAGCAGAAACAAUCAAAAUCUGCAUGGAGAAGAAUAUUCGACCACGAGACUUGCUAACAAAGGAAUCAUUUGAGAAUGCUUUGGUAAUCACCAUGGCACUUGGUGGAAGUACCAACGCUACACUCCAUUUCCUCGCCAUGGCCGGUACAGCCGAAGUACCCCUUACCAUCGACGAUAUCCAGCGAGUAAGCGAUAAAAUUCCAUUUUUAGCAGAUCUACAACCUUCAGGAAGAUUCUGCAUGGAAGAUCUCUACGAUAUUGGAGGAACCCCCGCCGUCAUCAAGCUUCUCAUCGCAGCCGGAUUAAUGAAUGGUGAUAUUCCCACCGUUACAGGAAAGACCUUGAGGGAAAACGUUGAAAGUUGGCCAUCUUUACCACAAGAACAGACUCUCAUCAGACCUUUAAGUAACCCUAUCAAACAAACCGGACAUUUACAAAUUCUCCGGGGAAAUAUUUCGCCUGGGGGUGCAGUGGCGAAGAUUACAGGAAAAGAAGGUUUAGUGUUCACUGGAAAAGCCAUGGUUUUCGACAAGGAACAUGAACUUGAUAAUGCAUUAAACAAGGGUGAGAUUCCACACGGAGACAAUCUAGUCUUGAUCGUGAGAUAUGAGGGACCUAAAGGAGGCCCGUAAGUUUACCCCAAACAUGUCAAAAUCCUAGACGAGUUACAUCUUAUCUUGUCUUGCAAAGCUUCAAAAAUCUAACUUCCUACAGUGGUAUGCCCGAACAAUUAAAAGCCAGCGCAGCAAUCAUGGGCGCCGGUCUCAAGAAUGUGGCUCUUGUAACCGAUGGACGAUAUUCAGGCGCUAGUCACGGAUUUAUCGUAGGACAGUACGUAUUCCCUCUCCCUCUCAUCAUCUUCCAUCUUCCAUCUUCCAUCUACCACCCCAUCCCCGUAAAACACGUCAAUAUCCCACCACCCCCUCGCCAUCCCCACAUCACCACCCCACAAGCCCCAUCAACCCAAAUCCCCUCCUAUUUCAACUCAACUAACCCCCCCCGCAGCGUCGUCCCAGAGGCCGCAGUCGGCGGCCCCAUCGCCGUCGUCAGAAACGGCGACAUAGUAACUAUAUCCGCCGAAACCAACACGCUGAGUAUGGAUGUAUCGGAUGAGGAAAUCGCAGAAAGACUCAAGGCGUGGAAGGCACCGAAGAGUGCGGUUAAUAGGGGGGUUUUGGCUAAGUAUGCUCGUUUGGUGGGGGAUGCUUCGCAUGGGGCUAUGACGGAUUUGUUUUAGGGUUGGGGGGUGAUUGGUCAGUUUGGAGGUAGAGUGGGUGGCUAGAGGGGUCAGGGCUGAGGAUUUAGGUAUUAGGUAGAUGAGGGGUCUA